CGCCCACAACAAACAACAAGUGCAAAGAACGGUAUACAGGUCUACCAAAACGGAGAUUCCAGCGUACGCCGCUCUCGUGUUCAAUGAGGCCCGUCUCCUCAAUCAACGUCGGACUCAGGGUGUCCGCGCUGCUGCCUGCUCGGUCGGCACAGAUUAGCGCCAACGGCCGCAUACAUCGAUUGCCCUCCGUCGCCCUGCUCGUCCUCCCCGCCGAGUAUCAUAUGUUGCGAUAAAAUAUGUCGUUGUCUGGCUCAAUGGGUCGCCCCAAGUCCGAUUACGCCCCUUCGGAGAUUGACCGGUUGUCGGAGAGGGAGGUCAUCGCCCUCCUGCGAAACGCGAAGCAGUACACUGUGCCUGGUGCUGUCGGUGUUGACCACAUCUUACGAGUCACCGAUACUCUCGUCGCCAAAUAUUGUCACGACAUCGAGGAGAAUGUCACAGAGCCAUCUGAAGCCUUAACGCUCGACCUCGUCUUCCGCUACACGACGAUACCCGUACCGCGUGUUCGGCGCAUCAUUAGCCUGGAAACCAAUGGCGCCAAGUACAUCCUCAUGGACCGCAUUCCGGGACGACAGCUAUCCUCCGUCUGGCAGGAGAUGUCUCUCCAAGAACGCCUGCGCAUCGUCUUCACUCUUCACGACUAUGUGCGCCAAUUGCAGGCCAUUCGUCACCCCCGUUCUGCCAUUCCAGGCCCCCUUGCUCCAGGGAACGAGGCUCGAGAGUGCACAUCGCCUGUGUGGGGUCGACUUAUAGAAGAGCGCGGCCCAUUCUCCUCGUACAACGACUUCUCUGCCUGGUUUGAUCAGGCUCAGCGCGUCGCGAUUGAUGCGCUGAAGAAUUGGCAAAUUCCCGCAAAUCUGCGAUCAACCUCGUUCAAACAGAUAAUGGGCUCGUCACCACUGGUCCUGUGCCAUCAAGACCUGCAUAUGCGUAACAUCAUCUUUGGUGAUGACGGACGGCUGUGGGUCAUCGACUGGGGUGAUGCGGGAUUCUAUCCACCCUGGUUCGAAUACCUGUCGAUGAAAUUACAAUCAGAGAACGAGGAGACAGUCAUGCACCGAAAGGAACACUUCUGGGAUCUCAUGAUCCCGUUUAUCUGUGGUCCAUAUUUUCAGGAGGAGCGGUGGCUAGCGCUAGUCUCUGCCGCAUUCUCGUACAAGUUCGAGAGAGUUGGACGGCGGUAGAUGUUCUCCGUUUAAUCUUGAUUGAAUUUUCAUCAUAAUUCGAGAACAGCUGGUAGUUUGAUUCUUCAUACUAUCAACAUAAUGUUUCAAUGUCUGCGCAUCC